AUGGCCUCCGUGUUCUUCUCCCUGACGGGAGAGUCGUGCUACACGCCCUCGGAGGCGAAGAAGCUGACGGAACGCAUCAACGCCGCGGGUUCGCUUCAGAUCGCGUCCAUCAGCGGCCACUGGGCGUACCACGUCAACCUCAAGCCGGGCACCGCCCCCAACGACGUGAUUGACCGUCUGGAACAGCUGCUGCCGCUGCCCAAGACCCCGGGCUCGGUCGGUGCGGCCACCGAGGCGGCCGCACCCGGUCUGCGCCAGACCUAUGCCAUUGCCCCCCGCAACAUCUCGCCCUGGAGCUCCAAGGCGACGAGUAUUGCGGCUGUGUGCGGCAUGGGUGCCCAGGUCGAGCGCAUGGAGCGCAGCCGCGCCGUGACCAUUGAGUUUGUCGAGGCGUACGCGGGCUCGGCGGACGACCUGCCCUUCCGCGACUUGAUCCACGACCGCAUGACCGAGGCCCUGACAGCCGGCAGCGAGCCGGACCUAGCCCGCAUGUUUGCUCAGGAGGCCCGCCGCCCCCUGGAGACGAUUGAUAUCUUCGGCCAGCCCGGCACGGAUCCCGUGGAUGUGCUGCGGGCGUACAACGAGGCCAAGGGCCUCGCGCUGGACGAGGACGAGAUGGCGUACCUCGUGGCUGAGUUCAAGGCGCUCGGCCGCAGCCCCAACGACGUCGAGCUCUUCAGCUUCGCCCAGGUCAACUCCGAGCACUGCCGCCACAAGCAGUUCAACGCCCGCUGGACCAUUGACGGCGUCGAGAAGCCCAAGUCGCUCUUCCAGAUGAUCCGCAACACCCACGAGCGCAACAGCCAGUUCACCGUCUCCGCCUACAGCGACAACGCCGCCGUCUUCCACGCCGAGCCCGCCCAGUUCUGGGCCCCCGACUACUCGACGCGCGUCUGGCGCCUGACCAAGGAGGAGCAGCCGUCGUGCUUCCUGGCCAAGGUCGAGACCCACAACCACCCGACGGCCAUUUCGGCCUUCCAGGGCGCGGCCACCGGUGCCGGCGGCGAGAUCCGUGAUGAGGGUGCCGUGGGCCGCGGCUCCACGCCCAAGGCCGGCCUGUGCGGCUUCUGGGUCUCGGACCUGUCCAUCCCGGAGCUGCCCACCCCCUGGGACGUCGACAUUGGCAAGCCGGGCCACUACACCAGCAGUCUCGACAUUAUGCUGGACGCGCCCAUUGGCUCGGCUCGCUACAACAACGAAUUCGGCCGCCCGUGUCUGGCUGGUGUGUUCCGCACGCUGCUGUCCAACGACGGCGAGGAGACGGUCAAGAACGCGUACCGCGGCUUCCACAAGCCCAUCCUGAUUGCCGGUGGCCUGGGAACCGUGCGCCCCGGCCACGCGCUCAAGAACCCGCGCGACGUGCAGAAUGGCGCGCACGUUAUCGUGCUGGGCGGCCCUGCCAUGCUGAUCGGCCUGGGCGGCGGCGCCGCGUCGAGCAAUGCCAAUGCAGGCAGCGCGGCGUCGGCGGCGCUCGACUUUGACAGCGUGCAGCGCGGCAACCCUGAGAUUGAGCGCCGCGCGCAGAUGGUCAUCAACACGUGCGUGGCGCUUGGCGACGAGAAUCCCAUUGCCAUGAUCCACGACGUCGGCGCCGGCGGUCUGUCCAACGCCCUGCCCGAGCUGGUCAACGACGCCGGCUUCGGCGGCAAGUUUGAGCUGCGCCAGGUCGAGAGCGCCGACAACAGCAUGAGCCCGCUGCAGAUUUGGUGCAACGAGGCCCAGGAGCGCUACGUGCUGCUGGUCAACCCCGAGGGCUACAACCGCUUCAUGAGCAUCUGCAGCCGCGAGCGCUGCGGCUUCUCCGACGUCGGCACCGUUGUCGCCAGGGACGCCAACGGCCAGAGCAAGCUGAUCGUCACGGACCGCGACGACACCACGGCCCCCAACCCCAUCGACCUGCCCAUGACCACCCUCUUCCCCAAGAACCGCCGUCUGGAGCGCGUCGUGGCCUCUCGCAAGCCGACGCUCGCCGUCUUCGACCCUCUCGCGACCAUCCGGGAGGGCUACGGCAAGAGCAUGGACGACCGCGCGCUGCUCGCCGAGACGAUACGCCGAGUGCUGCUGGUGCCGUCCGUGGGCUCCAAGUCGUUCCUGAUUACGAUCGGCGACCGCUCUGUCGGCGGCUUGGUGGCUCGCGACCAGAUGGUCGGCCCAUGGCAGACGCCCGUGUCGGACGUUGCUGUGACUGCUGGUGGCUUCAACGUCGACGGCCGCGUCCGCUCGGGCGAGGCCAUGGCCAUGGGCGAGAAGCCGACGCUGGCGCUCAUCUCGCCCGCCGCGUCGGCCCGGAUGGCCGUCGUGGAGAGUCUGAUGAACUUGGGCGCUGCCGACCUGCGCGACGGCCUCCGGCGCGUGAAGCUCUCGGCCAACUGGAUGGCGGCCGUCAACCACCCUGGCGAGGGCGCGGCCCUGUACGAGGCCGUUCACGCCAUCGGCGAGGAGCUGUGCCCGCGCCUGGGCCUCGAGAUCCCCGUCGGCAAGGACUCGACGUCCAUGAAGACGUCGUGGACCGACGGCAACGACGAGGUCAAGACGGUCACGGCGCCUGUAUCCGUCGUCAUCUCCGCCUUCUCUGUGGUCAGCGACAUCACCAAGACCUGGACGCCGCAGCUGCGCCGCCCGGAGGAGGUCGGCGACACUGUGCUCAUGUACGUCGACCUGGCUCGCGGCCACCAGGCGCUCGGUGGCUCGGCUCUGGCGCAGUCGCUGGGCCGCGUCGGCCACGAGGCGCCCGAUCUGCGCGACGAUCUCACGAAGAACGACAACAUCAUUGCCGACUACUUUGACGCCCUGCGCCAGCUGCACGAGAGCGGCGUUGUGCUGGCAUACCACGACCGGUCCGACGGUGGUCUGCUGACGACGCUGGUGGAGAUGAUGUUUGCAGGCCGCUGCGGCGUCGACGUGAUGCUCGACGACAUUGCCCGCUCGGGCAAGCUCGAGGACGUUGUCCCGGCGCUGUUCAACGAGGAGCUGGGCGCUGUCUUCCAGAUCCGCAAGGGCGACGAGAUGUUGUUCAAGUCCGGCUUCUCGACCUGCGGGCCGCCCGCCGGCCUGAUCCGCAAGUUUGGCGUCGUCAAGACACGCUCCCGCCAGUCGCUGACGGUUCGCUACGGCAACGACACGCUGGUCCAGCUGGACCGCAGCGAGCUGCAGCAGUGGUGGUCCAAGACGUCCCACGCCAUGCAGCGCCUGCGCGACAACCAGGCGUGCGCCGACGCCGAGUUCGCCACGCUUUCCGACGACGCCGACCCGGGCAUCUCGUACCGCCUGACCUACAAGCCGGCCGACACGCUGUCGCCCCUGACGGCGCCCAUCUCGCGCCUGCUGGGCAAGACGCCGCGCGUCGCCAUCCUCCGCGAGCAGGGCGUCAACGGCUACGCCGAGAUGGCCUUUGCGUUCCGCGCCGCCGGCUUCGACGCCGUCGACGUGCACAUGACCGACAUCCUCGAGGGCCGCUCGCUGGCCGACUUUGUGGGCCUGGCCGCCUGCGGUGGCUUCUCGUACGGUGACGUCCCCGCAGCGGGCAUGGGCUGGGCCGCGUCGGUGUUGAUGCACAAGGAGAACGCGCGCCGCGAGUUCGAGGCCUUCUUCCAGCGGCCCGACACCUUUACGCUGGGUGUCUGCAACGGCUGCCAGAUGCUGUCGCGUCUGCAGGAGCUGAUCCCGGGAACGGACCACUGGCCGACGUUUGUCGAGAACGCCAGCGAGCAGUUCGAGGCCCGCGUGUCCAUGGUCACCAUCGCCGAGGACGAGUCGCGCACCGACGGCGUGCUGCCGUCCGUCUUCCUGCACGGCAUGGCCGGCUCGUCGCUGCCGGUCGUUGUGUCGCACGGUGAGGGCCGUGCCCUGUUUUCGUCGCCGCACGCCCAAGAGGCCAUUGAGAAGCGUGGCCUCGCGCCCAUCCGCUACGUCGACAACCGCCUCAGCGUCACCGAGGCGUAUCCGUACAACCCCAAUGGCAGCCCUGGUGGUGUGGCCGGUGUGCGCAGCUUGGACGGCCGUGUGCUGGCCAUGAUGCCGCACCCGGAGCGUACGAUUGUGGCCGGCGUUGGCAGCUACCUGCCGGCUGGUUCGGUCGAGGAAUGGGGCAACUUUGGCCCAUGGGUGCGCCUGUUCCGGAGCGCACGCAAGUGGGUUGGCUAA